AUGGUCACCAAUGUAAGACUUGUAGUGUUUCUAGCUCUCUUGUUGCUCAGGAUAAACUGUUGCUUUUCUGCUAAGAUUUCUAUAAUUCCAAUGUUUGGUCGUAGUCAUUACAUGGUGUUGGCAAAGUUGGCAGAAGAGCUUCACAGUCGUGGUCAUGAGUUUCAUGAUGUCCGCGAAGUUGGGUUCUUAAUGCCAAGACCAGCCAAACCUCUUCCUGYCGAGCUUGAAAACUUUAUGCAGAGUUCUGGAGAUGAUGGCGUCAUUCUUGUKUCUUUUGGUUCCAUGGUAAACACUCUUCGRGAGAAUGUCAUCGACGCCAUGAAUAAUGCUUUUUCUCAGUUGCCGCAGAAAAUUCUUUGGAAAAUMAAACUUGAUGCCUAUAAAGGUUCAACUGCUUCAAACAUCAAAAUAGUUACCUGGCUUCCACAAAACGAUAUUCUUGGUCAUCCAAAGACCAAGCUAUUUUACACACAUGCGGGAAUCAAUGGAAUUGCAGAAUCUGUUUACCACGUCGUGCCAAUGGUAUGUUCACCUUUCUUUGGUGACCAGUUCGACAACUCUCAGCGCGUUAAAGACAUCGGUGUGGGGGAGAUAAUGCCAGUCAGAACUUCCAAUGGCCGAUAA